GAGGGACAUGUUCAAAACACAAAUACAUGGUGUUAUCAACAGCUGCACCUCCACCAGCUGCUGGGUUUAAGACACGUGUUGUGUUCAAAUGUAUCCGUAAAAUUAUGUUUCCGAGGUAGCAAGUCAUCAAACAAAUGUCCACGAUCUCUUCCACGGAAACACACGCACACCAAUGCAAGAGUGGGGUCCUGUUUUCGUUUGGAGGCAUGUUGGACACACUUACAAAUAAUUUGUAAGGUAUGUGUGGUUGUUUCAUCAACAGCGUGGUGCACAGAUUACUUAAUUUAUACUUGAAGUAGUAGUAGGAAACUUUCUGGCGGUAAUAUGGCAUCACCUGGACCCAGCAAAUAGAUGAGCAUGCAUGUAAGACUGCUUUCAGGACGUCAGUCACGCAGAAGAAAGGUAUGGACACACAUGCCACACAGCAGAGUGAGCUCCUGCCAGCAGCGGGCAGCUAGCCAUGCCCCACUAGGUGUUUUCUCCAUCUGAAUCUCAACCUUAGUCACAACCUCCAGGACUUUCCAGGACUUUCAAACCCCCUCUCUGCAGCUUCCUUAAGGGCAACAUGGGGGACAAACGGGCGCACUCCUUCCACAUGACGUGCCACGUGCAGCGUGACUACGGCAGCAGGCUGGGGAGCUCCUUCAUACGAUGCGGCCCAAAUGGAUAUGCCAGCACAAGCCUCAGCCUUAGCCUGGACCAGGACUUGGAUGCUGAUCCAGCUGCAGACUCCACCAUGACUACAACUACUUCCUCUUCUCUGCGGGCUCCAGCACCUGACAAAAGCCACUACUCUCCUGUUUCACUGGAACUGGACCCCACAGCGGUGAAUAAUGGAUCAGGCAUUCCUUGCUGUCCACCAGAAAAGGACGCUAAAGACCCUGCGCCUGGGACGACAAGCAGCCGACCCUCUAUCACCACUAUCCAACAACCUCUCCCUCUUUCCAGCUGGCUGCAUCAUCACCAAAAGGAGUUUCAGAACCCUUACAUCCAGACUAGCAUGCAGGGGGAUGUUUACAACUUCCUGGAAAGACCUGCUGGUCUAAAAUGCUUCCUCUACCACUUCCUCGUCUUCGUCAUGGUCCUGGUGUGUUUGAUCUUCAGUGUCCUGUCCACUAUAGAGCAGUAUGCCGAAUUUGCCACGGGAACCCUCUUCUGGAUGGAGAUUGUGCUGGUGCUGUUCUUUGGCACAGAGUAUGUGGUCCGGCUGUGGUCCGCCGGCUGUCGCAGCAAAUAUGCCGGCAUCAAAGGACGCCUGCGCUUUAUCAGGAAGCCCAUAUCAAUCAUAGAUUUGAUCGUGGUCAUUGCCUCAAUCAUCGUGCUCGGUGUAGGGUCAAACGGUCAAGUAUUUGCCACUUCUGCAAUCAGGGGUAUUCGCUUCCUCCAGAUCCUGCGUAUGCUGCACGUGGAUCGACAGGGAGGAACGUGGAGGCUCCUGGGAUCUGUAGUCUUUAUUCAUCGACAGGAGCUGAUCACCACACUCUACAUCGGCUUCCUCGGCCUGAUCUUUUCCUCCUACUUUGUCUACUUGGCGGAGAAGGAUGCCGUGGACGAGGAGGGCAAGACCGGCUUCUCCAGCUAUGCAGAUGCACUGUGGUGGGGCGUGGUGACCGUCACUACGAUCGGCUACGGAGACAAAAUUCCUCAAACCUGGAUUGGAAAGGCCAUCGCCUCGUGCUUCAGUGUCUUUGCCAUCUCCUUCUUCGCUCUGCCUGCUGGUAUCCUGGGCUCAGGGUUUGCAUUGAAGGUCCAACAGAAGCAGAGACAGAAGCACUUUAACAGACAGAUCCCGGCUGCAGCCUGCCUCAUCCAGACACUUUGGAGGUGCUAUGCAGCAGAGAAACCAAACGGCUCUGCUGCCACGUGGAAGAUGUACCGCCUGACUCCAGAGGCUGUCGCACAAGCGGAACCUGAGCCCAGCCCUUACGUCAGGAAACUGAAUCUAUCGAAAAGAGGCAACAAGAGGAGGUUGAAGUCCAGAGGUAACGACUCUAUAAUGGUGGCAUCAGAGCAGACUGUGGCCAUCCCUCAGAUCACCUAUGAACACAUCAACGACUCAGAGGAGAAGAAAGAUGCGUCAUACUUCCUGGAACAGCCUGGUGAACCAGUUGAAGGGAUCAACAGAAUGUUUGGACAGACAGGCCCUCCUCAGCACUCUUGGUCAUCCUUCACUCUGAGCUGCCCUGGAUCUCCAGUGAGGAAGAAAAUGGAUAACAGCUCCUCCAUCGACUUCUUGCGCGCUAACAGCAUAACAGACGAGCUGGACUACAUGACUGAGGACAUGUCGUCCCUGCCGCCGGUCGUGUUGACCGCCAAAACUCAGUUGUCCCAUGCCCAGAGAUCAGCUGUGAAAGUCCUCCGCAGAAUGCAGUACUUUGUGGCCAGGAAGAAAUUUCAGCAAGCGCGGAAGCCGUAUGACGUGCGAGACGUGAUCGAGCAGUAUUCCCAGGGUCACCUCAACAUGAUGGUCCGCAUCAAGGAGCUGCAGAGGAGGCUGGACGGCACUCUUGGGAAGCCAGGAAUGUUUCUUCCAGGCAAAGGGGAAGACAAAGAAUACCCAACUAUCGGUGCUCGGCUGAUCAGGCUCGAGGAUAAGAUCCAUCAGAUGGACCAAAAAAUGGACUCAGUGCUGCAGAUCCUGAUGGAGCAGUUUCAGCCCAAACCGGAGAUACUGUCCAAGCCCUCCCUCCGCAGGGUGACCAUCCAAAAACGCAUGGGCGUCAGCAUCGACGAGGGGCUCUGAUGACGCUGCAGCUAGCGGUCACAUGGGGAAUGAUGACAUCAUCACCAAAGGAGAAUUAAAGGUGCAGGACUUCACAGAACAACAGACUGGAACCUCUCAUGGGAGCCAGCUUGCACAUAACGAGGGGACUUCGUCUUCCAACAAAAAAACUUUCUUGCUUCUGUUUGCAAUUGAGAAUUUCCUCACUGACCUUUGACCCCUGAGAAGAGAACAACUUUUGAUUGUCAACAUGGUGCUGGCAUUGCUCUGAGACAUGAUGGUAAGAGUUAAACUCAGAAAGCGGAGAAAAAAUCAGACUGACAUCCUCCUCCUCCUCCUCCUGAUGAUCGUUGGACUUCUUCUUUUUUUUUGUAGCCGUCUAAAUGUAGCCCUCUUUUCUGCACUUGCGCUGUUGGUCCUUAGUCUUUCUCAGCAGAGUAAUCCAAGCUGAAGCACGCUCCACGAAUUUAUUCCACCAUACAUUAGCCUCAUAAUCACACCACUCUGAUUAUGCUAAUUUAUGUGUGGCCUGUCACAGAGCUGCAUUUCUCUACUCCAAAUAUUAUUCCAAAGCUAACUAACCCAGUAAUGAAGUCAUAAUGCAAUCAAAGCGCUCCAGUUCCCCAAAGACACAGAGAAAAAUCUGAGAGGCCGGCCGUGGCGGAGGCAUUCCUCAAAUCCUUCUGAUUAUCUUGGCACCAUCCACGCCCAGUACACAACAGGGUUAUUUCCAUAGCCACAUAUCCAUCUAGCCUAACUGUACUUAGGCUGCAGCGGGUGUUUGUUAGUAGUGAUCGAAUAACACGAGGAGGGAAGGGCAGAUUAUCUGUUGAUUUAGCCCUGCGUUAGGCACCGGAAGGCUGGAGUAAAAGAAAAAAGGAGGGAAAGAAAUGAGUCCUGGAACGGCUGGCUAACAUUAAUCUGAUUUACAUCUAAGUUGAAGCUAAUAAAAAUAGCAAACCUGCUUUGACAAGUCUGGGUGUUCUGUUACAGGAGCACAGCCUAAAAUUAUGCCAUGGUCUCUUUGCUGGCUCCAACGUUUCAUGUGAGCAUUGAUCUCAAACAUUUUGAGCACCACCACCACCACCAGAACCCCGCUUAAUAUCCCCUAUUACCCUCUUCAGGGGGGGCUCACACUGCUGUGUGCAAUUUGAUAUAAAUUUGCCCCAUUAAAAGUCUGAUUAUUUUCUCUCUCCAUAGCUAAUUAAGUGCUGAAUUCCUGGUAAGGUGAGAUUACUCACUGCAAAUGGAAAAUGUGCAGGAUUUGAACGGCGGAGGAGCGGCCGCAGUAAUUCUGUGUGAAAGGUUUUGAGAGUAUCAGGCUACCGACGGGCGCGCACGUUUGAGAUCAACACAAAGACAAUGCUUUCACUUUGUUCCCAUUCAGACAGGACGCUUAGGCAUGAAGGAUGUAGAAAAUAGAAAAUAACUCAGCUAUGUCGCUACUGUAUGAAAGGCUUCCCAUAAUUAUAGCAUGCACAUUCCUAAAAAGACGGAUGCACAUACACAAACACAUACACACACACACACACACACACACACGCACACAAACACACAAGGGGUAAAAAAAAAAAAGGGAAGGGGAAAGAGGAGAAGCUUUCUCCCUGCACUAGUAUAUAUUUUCAUAUUUUUGCUGUGGUUCAAAAAUAUCUGAUAUUUAUCUUAAUAAAGUGGUUGUAUUUGAAGGCACUUGAUGUAUUUAUCUGCCUGUUUGUUCUCCUGUACAGUUUUAUAAGAGUUGUAAAUAGGAACAUUGCCUUAUUGUACUGUAUUUAUUAUCACGUGGAAAGAUCAACCUGGAACACGUCUGAUUGAAGGAGUGAUGGGAGGCUCCUGUAGUUCACAUGGAUGGAAAUGAUUGUAAAUGAUAUUCAUGCACACCCUCUGCACUGUAGCUCUGCUGUAAAUAAUAAAACUCCAUUUCAUUACA